ACAGAGGGAGAGGUGACAGAGUAGAUUAUCCUCCUCUCCUCUCCUCCUCUCUGCCAGCCUCAUCAUGUUCAUGCAGCAGAUGUUGACUGUUAUCUCUCUGACUGUUAUUCUCCUGGUAUCUGUGGAAGGUAAAGGCGUGCAGAUGCAGAGAGAUGUCCAGUGCUGCAUGUUGUACUCCCAGGGUAAGGUGCGUACCAAAGAUGUGUUGCGGUUCGAGGUGCAGACGGAGGGGCCCGACUGCAGUAUACAAGCCAUCAUUCUUUACACAAAGAAGGCGGUGAAGUGUGCAGACCCCAGAGACCGGAAAGUGAAGAGGUUGCUGAGAAAACUCCUGCGGAGACAGAGAACCAAGGCCCACCGAACCAUGUGGCUCCUUCCUCAUGACAACCUGCCCGUCAUGUCAGAGGACAAGAAAGAUAACUGGGCGGUCCUCAAUGUCGAGUGAUGGAGCGCCGUCAGAUAUGGAGGAAAACUCAUAGUCAUAAGCCAAGUAAACUUUCAGCAGUUUGUCCUUUUACACGACACAGCUUGCUGACUAUCCAGUCGUCUCGUGUCUCUCUCUAUCUACACUAUCUGUCUCCCUGGGUCCAGACCUGGGCAGCAACACAUUUAAAUGGCUUUAGAUAUUUAAACAUGAAGUGUGCUUGAAAUAUUCUCAAACACAUGGCAGGAAUAGUCUCAACAGAGGUGUAUUUACUUGGAAGAUAAUUGAAUUGAUUUAGAUUUUUUUUUUUAAUGGCUUAUACUGUUAUUUGCCGGAGUCUGCCUCGAAGUGUCUCCCUCUGCAACAUUACUUCCUGUAAGUAAUGUGAAAAAAAGGUGUAAUUAAGCAAUCGAUAAACGAGCAGUGAUUUUACUUUAUGAUACUCUCUAUGCUUAUUUGUGACUUGUAUACCUUCAGUAAUGUGUUUAUAAGACUGCUCACACUGUACGACAGCUGAAAUCAAAAUGGGAUCAGAGAGAAGAUUUCACCUGCUGGAUAAAACUUCCUGUGUCACAUAAAGAGCAAAUGUUCCUGAUAUUUGGUCCACUCUAUGUAUCGACUGUUGAAAACCUGUAAAGCCACAGUCAAAUGAGCCCCUCAGGCAUCUAUCAGAUAUUUAAAUGUAUAAGCAUUUACAGUUUACAUUCGUCUGUUCCACCAAUAGUUCAUCACUAAACUAUGCCAAAGUAUUCAUGAUUCAAUUCACCAUAUGGCAAGGCUGUUAAAACGUAGAGGGCUCAAUUGUGUGUGUGAAGCACACAAGUAUUAUAUUGUAGAAGAAUGCACUGGAUGUUAUCUCAAGUGAACUAUUUUAUAAAUUAAUCUGAAAUAAUAA